CCUGGGCCCGUUGGUCAGUAAGGUGAAGGAGUACCAGGUGGAGACUAUAGUGGACACACUGUGCACCAACAUGCUGGCAGACAAGGAGCAGCUCCGAGACAUCUCCAGCAUCGGACUGAAGACGGUCAUAGGAGAACUGCCCCCUGCGUCCAGCGGCUCGGCCCUGGCUGCCAGUGUGUGUAAAAAGAUCACAGGCCGUCUGACCAGUGCCAUCGCCAAGCAGGAGGAUGUGUCAGUUCAGCUGGAGGCUCUGGACAUCAUGGCUGACAUGCUCUGCAGACAGGGGGGUCUCCUGGUGAACUUUCACCCCUCCAUCCUGUCCUGCCUGCUCCCUCAGCUGACCAGCCCCCGCCUGGCGGUGAGGAAGAGGACCAUCAUCGCUCUGGGUCACCUGGUCAUGUCUUGUGGGAACCUGGUGUUUGUGGACCUGAUUGAACACCUGCUGUCAGAGUUGUCUCGUAACGACUCCAUGUCCACCACCCGUACCUACAUCCAGUGUAUCGCAGCCAUCAGCAGACAGGCAGGACACAGGAUCGGUGAGUACUUGGAGAAGAUCAUUCCUCUGGUGGUGAAGUUCUGUAACAUAGACGACGAUGAGCUGAGAGAAUACUGCAUCCAGGCCUUCGAGUCCUUCGUCAGGAGGUGUCCAAAGGAGGUUUAUCCACAUGUGGGCACUGUCAUCAGCAUCUGUCUGAAGUAUUUGACCUACGACCCCAACUAUAACUACGAUGACGAGGAUGAAGAUGAGAAUGCCAUGGAUGCUGACGGAGCAGACGAAGACUAUCAAGGAAGUGAUGACGAGUACAGCGACGACGACGACAUGAGCUGGAAGGUUCGCCGUGCGGCCGCCAAGUGUCUGGACGCCGUGGUCAGCACACGCCACGAGAUGCUGCCUGAGUUCUACCGGACCGUGUCGCCCGCGCUCAUCGCCCGCUUCAAGGAGCGGGAGGAGAACGUGAAGGCUGACGUGUUCCAUGCCUACCUGUCGUUGCUGAAGCAGACGCGUCCUGCUCAGAGCUGGCUGUGUGACCCAGAUGCCAUGGAACAGGGAGAGACUCCACUCACCAUGCUGCAGAACCAGGUAAAACACACCGAGAGAGAGCGAGAGGCACCGCCCAUACCUUAA